GGUACGGCUACACGUUGAUUCCAGUUGACGUGGAGCCGGCGACAGUGCUGAUUGUAUUCAGCUUGGGCGCCCUGGUGCAUGUCGUGCUGGUGCUGCUUGUCAAGGGCGAGGAUGCCGCGGACAAGUUCCAUGACUAUGACGGUCUAGCUGGGAAAAUGCUGCUGGCACUGCGUUUGGCCCUCUUCGCAGGGUUCAUGUGGGCGCUGACAAGCACGAUGCAGGGUGCUCCGUUCAGGAUCCGACGAUUCUUGGCGACCUUCGGCAUAAUUGGUACUUUGUACUUUGUGGGGCCGCCAUUGCUCGUGCUUGUCGUUUCCAUCUUCGCCCCGUACUGGCGGCCACCCAUCCUCAACAGCUGCCUGAUCCUUUUGCAGAUUGGCACUGCCUGGUGGUUGCAUUCCCUCUUCCUCUCCAGAGGGGAGUACUUCGAGGUGUCGGACCUGAACUCCUCCAGCCUGCCGGGCGGCACGCCGCGCGGCACGCCGCGGGGUUCCCCUCGGGACUCCCCGCGCGACCGCAAGAGAGACUGAGAUCUGACCUGAUCUCGGGUGAGAAAGGGCUUCAAAGAGAGCCUGCCUUCGCCCAUUGCUUGUGCGAGCUGCCUGCCGAGCAGGG